GUUUUCCGCUCAAAGACCCCCCGCUGUGGAGCUGUGUGUGGAACUCAUUGGUCGGAUGUGGUGGAACUGUUGCUGAUUGUUUUCAAUGACUUUAUGAACCACUUUGUCGUCAGGUCAUGAGGAGAUCACGUUUAAAAAUGCUAAUAUGUCACAAACGCAAUCUAAACGCAAUAUUCAAAUCAAAAGUGAGCUUAAAAACUAGGUGAAAAUACAAUCUGCAAAACAUAAACCGAGGAAGAGUUGUUGUGUGAAUUUAAGUCAACAAGUGAACCUUUUAACACAUUAAACCAGAAGCAGGGAUGUCCUUCAGCAGCGUUUUCUGCCCGCGCGCUUGAAUGCUCCCUGCUACAGCUGUGUGUAAAUACCAGGGGUUCGAACGUGUGGAACUUGGACCUGAUGGCUGCUCGGGUGUUGACGCGGUUCGUGUGCAGGACUUUACCGCCGGUGCCCGGUGCUAAAGGCGCCGGUGUCCGGAGAACACACCGGGUUUACUGCACCACCUCCAGGAGGAGCGCUGCUGCUCUGACCAGUGGAAGCGUUGCGUUGGUCCUGGGGCUGCCUGCUCUCUCCUGCCUGGGGUAUGGAGCUUAUCACUGGGUGCAGAGUUCAGCAGUGCUCCAUGCUUCAGGAAAAGAGGAGGUCUUGGAGCAGGCCGACUACCUGUACAGCUCUGCAGAGACGGAGAAGCUCUACCAGCUGCUGCUGCAGUACAAAGACAGUGAUGAAGCAGAGGUCCUGUGGAGGUUGGCUCGGGCGUCUCGUGACCUGUCCCUCCUGCCCAACAUGGAGGCCAAGCGGAAGAAGCAGCUGAUAUACGAGGCCUUUGAAUACGCCAGGAGGGCAAUGGAGAAAGACGACCAGUGUUUCGCAGCCCACAAAUGGUACGCUGUGUGUCUCAGUGACGUCGGGGAUUACGAGGGAAUCAAAGUGAAAAUUGGGAACUCGUACAUCAUCAGGGAACAUCUAGAGAGGGCUGUCAAGCUCAAUCCCAAAGAUGCCACUUCCUUACACAUCUUGGGUUACUGGUGCUUCGCUUUUGCCGAGCUGCCGUGGUACCAGCGCAAGGUGGCGGCUGCCCUUUUUUCCUCGCCACCUGUGUCCACCUACGAGGAGGCUUUGGAAUUCUUCCUGAAAGCUGAAGAAGUUGAUCCUGACUUCUACAGUAAAAACCUGCUGAUGCUGGGGAAGACCUACACGGCCAUGAAAGACAAGCAGAAAGCUCUGAUGUGGUUAACGAAAGCCAAAGAUUACCCUGCUCACACGCUGGAAGACAAAGAGGUCCAUAAAGAAGCCGUCGACCUGCUGAAGAGACUCGGAUGACGCCAACCAGGACUGUUAAUAAUUCCUUUCUUUCUUAUUAGGAUUUUUGCAGUUAAUUCAUAACAGAAGAAUAAUGCCUUGCACACUGGAGUCCCUCUUGCCUUUGACUCAAUAAGCCAGAGUCUAACUUCUGUUUAAAACCAUAAUAUAAUUAAAAAUAUAUGGAGUGUA